AUGUUUCUAUAUAUCUUUGGGUUGCUGGUCUUAUUCUAUGCCUACCAGUGGUUUAGAGAGCUGAAGCAAGUUACAAACAAAUCGGAGAAAUAUGUGUACAUCACGGGGUGUGACACGGGCUUUGGCAACCUUCUGGCUAAAUAUCUGGACAAAGACGGUUUCCAUGUAAUUGCUGGCUGCUACACAGAGAAAGGAGAGGUUGAGCUGAAGAAGGCCUGCUCAGCCAGACUCUCUACUGUUCAACUGGAUGUUACUGAUAAUAACAGCAUCAACAAGGCUGCAGACAUCAUUAAAACCCUGGUGGGAAACAAAGGUCUCUGGGCUGUUGUAAACAAUGCAGGAAUAUCUCAGCCAUCAGGGCCCGUUGACUGGAUGGUUAUUGAUGACUUUAAGAACAUGAUCAGUGUUAACCUAUUAGGUUUCAUUGCUGUGACUUUGAGUGUGCUACCCUUCAUUAAGAAGGCUAAGGGCUGCAUUGUCAAUAUCUCCAGUGUGUGUGGAAGAAUAUGUUUACAAACAGCACCAUACUGUGUCACAAAAUACGGAGUAGAAGCAUUCAAUGACUGCCUGAGGUUGAACAUGGUACCAUUUGGAGUUAAGGUACUGUGUAUUGAACCAGGAUUCUUCAAAACAAACAUGGCAGACACUAGUGUUUUGCAAAAUAGUUUUCAGAAAAUAUGGGACAGACUGCCACAAGAUGUCAGGGAUGACUAUGGAAGUGACUACAUUGAUCAGGUGAAAGCAAAGAUGGCGGACCAGAUUGAUGAUAAGCUUGAUGGAGAUCUGAUGAAAGUGGUGAGCUGUAUGGCGCAUGCUGUCUCGGCUGUUCAUCCUCGCACCCGUUACUCUGCCGGUUGGGAUGCAAAAUUCUUCUGGCUGCCUCUGUCCUACAUACCAUCUUUUAUCUCUGAUGCCAUGCUAGUAAAAUACAGUAUAAAACUUAAGGCUUUCAUUUAA